AGAGAUACACUAUAUUGCCAAAAGUAUUGGGACAUCUCUCCGAAUCAUUGGAUUCAGGUGUUCCAAUCCCCUCCAUGGACACAGGUGUAUACAAUCAAGCCCCUAGACAUGCAGACGGCUUCUACAAACAUUGGUGAAAGAAUGGGUCGCUCUCAGGAGCUCAGUGACUCCAAGCGUGGUCCCGUGAUAGGUGGCCACCUGGGCAAUAAGUCCAUCCGUGACAUUUCCUGGCUACUAAAUAUUCCACGCUCAACUGUUAGUGGGAUUAUAACAAAGUGGAAGCAACUGGGAACAACAGCCACUCAGCCACCAAGUGGUAGGCCACGUCACAUAACAGGGCGGGGUCAGCGCAUGCUGAAGCGCACAGUGCGCAGAAGUUGCCAACUGUCUGCAGAGUCAAUAGCUAAAGACCUCCAAAUGUGGUGUGGCCCUCAGAUGAGCACAACAACAGUGCGAAGAGAGCUUCAUGGAAUGGGUUUCCAUGGCCGAGCAGCUGCAUCCAAGCCUUCCAUCACCAAGUGCAAUGCAAAGCGUCGGAUGCCGUGGUGUAAAGCACACCGCCACUGGACUUUA